AUGAGGUAUAGGGUAACCUCGAAAAGACUCAAUGAGAAGAUCUUGGCAGUACAUUCAAAUGGGGCGGUUUACACGGGAGGUACAUCCAGGACGCUAACUAACCAGGACACGGGGGAGGUGAUGUGUAAGACCCAGAAAUCUAUAAGAUCUAUAGCAAGCCAUGGGAAGUACAUGUGUUGUGGAAGCUAUGACUGCACUGCAGUGCUGUUCUGCGAUGGAAAUGUUGUGGAUGUGAUUGAGGGCCCGGAUACAGAAGUCAAGUGUGUUGCGUUCUCCGAGGAUGGGAAGUAUCUAGCAAUGGCAACUCGUGGAAAGUCUGUCUGGGUUGUAAGAAUAGAUGGGGAGAUAGAAAUCGACGAGAUUAUAGAGGAUCAUCUUCAUGAUGUUAAGGGAUGCAUAUUCCAUGGGGGAUUUCUGUUUACAUAUGGUUAUGACAACACCGUGAAGGUUUAUGACAGAUUCGAUUACGAUGAUUCCUGGGAAUUAGUUCAAUCGAUUGAUGAAGGAAGCACCGUAUGGUGUGUCAUUUUCCAUGAAGGCAGGAUGAUAUGUACGACCGAGGAGGGGAUGGUCAACUCGUAUAUUCUGAGGAAUGGAUGGGAGCUUGAGAUAUCCAAAAGGCUGUCAAUGUUCCCUAUAUACUCUGUUUGCAGUGUUGGAAGGCAUAUGGCAUAUACUUUGAAUAGAAGCAGUAUUGGAAUAAUCGACACAGAUCUUAGCAUCGUGACAUCGAUUGAGAAUGUACACGAAGACUUCAUAAAUGGAAUUGCAUAUGAUGCGGGCAAAGACAGAAUAAUAAGUGGGGGAGAUGACGGAAUUCUAAACAUAAUUGAGCCUUUCUGA